AUGGAUAGAGAGCAAGAAGAGAUGCAAUUUUUAGGCCUUUUUGGGAUCUAUGCAGAAGCCUACAAAGUGGUUUUUAGAUGGAGAAAAAUCUUCAGCAAAAUCACCCUAUCUUUGAUCCUUCCACUAUCCUUCAUUUUCUUGGCUCAUAUAGAACUAUCCCAUCUACUCAAGAUAAAAGUCAUCCACACUGAAAACCAAUUGCAUCGUGCCCAAUCAGAGCCUCAAAAAAGCAAGAAACUCACUGAUUUGAAUUGGUACAACAUCACUUACCUCACAUUUCUCCUCAUUUUUUCUCUGCUUUCCACUGCUGCUGUUGUUUACACGAUUGCCUGCAUAUAUACCGGCCGAGAAAUAACCUUCAAGAAGGUCAUGAGUGUUGUCCCAAAGUUGGCCUGUGUUGUGUCUGUUUUAGAAGACUCAUAUGGGAUCAAAGCUAUGAUGAAAAGCCAGGAAUUAAUCAAAGGGAAGAUGCUGAUUAGCAUAGUUAUAUUUUUUAAGCUGAAUUUGUCCCUUGCUGCAAUUCAGCUGUUGUUUUAUGCUCAUGUUGUUCAUGGUGGAUGGAGAUUUGGAGUAUUACACCGUUUGGGAUUAGGGAUGCUGUGUUUGUUGCUGCUUUUCAAGUUGAUUCUCUUUGGAUUGGUGAUUCAGACAAUUGUCUACUUUGUUUGCAAGUCUUAUCACCAUGAAAACAUUGAGAAGUCAGCCCUGUCGGAUCAUCUUGAAGCUUAUUUGGGGGAAUAUGUGCCUUUGAAGUCCAAGGAUGUACAACUUGAGCAGUAUGAAUAUGAUGCUUGA